GAGGAUCUCCAAAACGGAGCCAAAAGCGCUCUAAAUGCGGCCGCAACUAAAGUCAUCGAUGUGGCUAGCCAGGCGGAAAGUAGAAUAACCUCUGCAGUUAGCCAGGCAGAAAGCGCGAUAAGCUCUGCAACAGCCACUUUAAAAAGCAUUGAAGAGAUCGUCCCUCAAAACUGCUCGCUAGGCACGAAGCGCUUCUGUAUCGGCUACAAGCAAAACAUAAACUGCUCUAACUUACCGCUCAAUUUCUCUAGCCUUUUACUGGAGGGCGUACAAAAGUUGCCAGGUCCUGUGCAAGACGCUAUGCGUGAUCGGGCGGAAGACUUGUCGCAGCUAGUAAAGAGUUCGACUAGGUUUCCUGCGCUCUCCGUGCUAGACACCUUAAUAUCCGGCUUAGUGUUGAUGAGUAUAGUCAUGGCUCUUUCUCUGAGCUUAGCGCUUAGGCGGCCGCAGGUUGUCACUAGAGUCUUUGACAGACUCAAAGCUAUGCCUAGAGCUCUAACUCUUCUAGCCCUUGGGUUUAUAUGCUAUUCUCCGUUAGUAUUGCUUGGGUUUAUUCUAAACACAAUUCUCAAGACGGCAAGUGGGCUGCUAAUGUGGAUAGGAGUGGAAAAAGGUGGAGUUUGUGGUCUUGGCUUCGCCGCACUCGCCUGUGCUCUAGUCUUAGUGCUCGCCCUCCCUGCAGCACCGAACAUCGCUAGGCCUGUAAAAGGAGAGGGCAUCAAGAGUAAGGAGUGA